GUUAAUUUGUGCUUGUAUGUGUUUAUAGUUAUAUUUAUAUCUAAUGCUGUGCAGAAGCAUCUGUAGAACAGCUUUCUGAUCAGUAAACUGACGGACCAGCGUUUAUGUAAAGCAAGCCUUUGGCUCUGAGGGAAAAUGGCUGCGAUGGGGAACGAAGAGGAACCUCUUCACCCCAGCAGCGUCUUUGACCUGGACUACAGCUCUACAUCAGUACAGCUGCAGUUUAUCUGCCUUGGCUUUGGCUUCUACGCCCUCAUCUUCUUUCUGUCUCACUUCCUGUCUGUCCUGCUGUCCCAAACAUAUGUGUGUCUGUCGGCUAAAGAAAAGGUGUUCUGGUGUUUGGCAGCCACACGGGCGAUGUUCGGCGUGCAGGGCUCAGGGGCAGGGCUGCGGGCACUGAUGGAGGACGGGCCAGUGUUCAGUGAUAAGGUGCACGGUCAGACGAGCUGGUCCUGGUUCACCGUGCUGACGGCGUGCGGGUUCUUCGUGUUCGAGAACGUGGCGCUGCACAGCUCCAAUCUUGUGUUCCGUUCCUUCGAUGCCCCACUUGUGGCACAUCAUGCCUUCGCGCUGGCCGGCUUUAGCGGCACCGUACUGUGUCGGGAAAUGGGACACUUCCUGCCCAUCAUCACACUGCUUCUGGAGAUGAGCACGCCCUUCACCUGCGUCUCCUGGAUGCUGCUCAAGGCUGGUUGGUCCCAUACUCUGUUCUGGAGAUUAAAUCAGUGGAUGAUGAUCCACAUGUUCCACUGUCGCAUGGUGCUGAUGUACUACAUGUGGUGGGUGUGUUGGUGUAACUGGCCCGAGCUGGUCACACACACUCCUUUGCUUCAGCUCCUAAUCUUCAUCACCGGCCUGGCGCUCCUCACGCUCAUCAUCAACCCCAUAUGGACGCACAAGAAGACCAUGCAGCUCCUCAACCCUGUCGACUGGAAUUUCACCAAAGAGACGGCGGCUGAGAAUGGACCUGCGGAGGGCAAAGCCCACAAGAGCUGAGCUUCGAUACUGUGAGGGACACCGUAAGGGACAAACACAGCAAUAUCACGGAACAGCUUUACUCUGCUUUUAUAAGUUUUUAUUAUUUUUAAUUGUUACUAAGCAGGUAUUUUAAAAAUCUUUUUUUUUUUUCAUCACAGAAGCCAAACAUUUUCACAUUUAUUUACAUAUUUAAGGUCAAAGUGUAGCUUUAAGGUUGAGUUAUAGUUUUAUUGAAAUAAAUAAAUUAGCACUAAAAAGAAGGGGAAGUAAAUAUUCUCAUUCUCAAUGUUUUUAAUUAAUUUUAUUUUUGUAUAUCCAGCUAACACCGACACGCACACAGGUGUUAUGGUAUCUGGCUAACUAAAGGGUUAAAUAUCCAGGCGUCUCAGUGCCUCACUGGUUUGUUCCUCUGAGGUUUCGAGCUGAAACUGACGCAGCUGUUUGUCUCGUUCCUCCCGUCACGGGUUUCACGGGAUGCUUUUUCACUUCCUGUUUCUUACAAAGAAAAUGUUAUGCAGUUCUACAUCUUUACACUUCACAUCAUGACAGGACAGGAUAUCAGGAGUGCAAUGAUUAAUCAACGUUAACGACUAAGAUCGCUAAUCAGAUUUGUUGGCAUCGAAUGUAAUUGUCAAUUCAUUCAUGAACGUCUGACAUGUAGGUGUGAGGCUAAAUGGAGUGGAGAGCAAAAAUCAUUCUAACUGUGGAAACAUUGUACUCUUUACUCGAGCCAAACAGUGGCUAAAAUCAGAGGGAAAGACUUAGUGCUGGUGGGGGCGUGGCCAAGCGCCACUGUGUGAAGGACGAGAGUCGGGUAAGUGGGAGAGGAUUCACACCUGCCGAGAAUGUGGAUAAUUACUGACUGUGUGUUGCUUUGAGUCGUGUUUUUAUUUUUUUUAGUUCUAAUCAAUAAACAUUUUUAAGUGAAGUUUACACACACACACACCAUGCUGGCUUUCCAGUGCUGCAUGUGCAUUCUAAUUAGCCGUGUUCUCAGGUGUGUGUCCUUUCACACUUACCUCACUCUCAAACCCUUCACCACAGACUUAAUGUCAGUUUUUUAAAUUAGCAUGUACUGAAACAGGUUGCUGAGAACAGAGCUAGUUUUUACCAGGUAAAAGUAGUGUUUUUUUUACACAAUAAUUUUGAAUUUUUAAUUAACGUAUAAUACAAACUUUUCAUUAGGACCCUAAAGAUCAUAUUAACAUUUAAUGAAAAAUAUGAUGUGUAGGACCUUUAACAUUGAAACUCAACUCAGAUAAUUACCAUUCAGUUAUAUUAAAUAGCCACUACUUUUCUUUUACUUGGUUUUAGAUUUUGUUUCAUCAGAUUUUAUUAAAUACCUAUUUUUAAAUGCACUAUUUAUCUUCAUUAAAAAGAUUUGUAAUGAA